AGCGCCGGAAGUGACGCCCCGACGUGCUGACGCGCGGGCUCGAUCCCAGGCCCGAUUCCGCGCCCGCCAUGGCCGACAAAAUGGAUAUGUCUUUGGACGACAUCAUUAAGCUGAACCGGAGCCAGCGAGGCGGCCGCGGUGGGGGCCGUGGCCGCGGCAGGGCCGGCUCCCAGGGCGGCCGUGGCGGUGGGGCGCAGGCCGCCGCGCGAGUGAAUCGAGGCGGCGGGCCCAUGCGGAAUCGGCCGGCCAUUGCCCGCGGCGCGGCGGGCGGCGGCGGCAGGAACCGGCCCGCGCCCUACAGCAGGCCGAAGCAACUUCCCGACAAGUGGCAGCAUGACCUUUUCGACAGUGGUUUUGGGGGUGGUGCCGGCGUGGAAACCGGAGGAAAGUUGUUGGUGUCAAACCUGGACUUCGGAGUAUCAGACGCAGAUAUUCAGGAACUCUUCGCUGAAUUUGGAACACUGAAAAAGGCAGCUGUGCACUAUGAUCGCUCUGGCCGAAGUUUAGGAACACUGAAAAAGGCAGAUGUGCACUUUGAACGGAAGGCAGAUGCCCUGAAGGCUAUGAAACAGUACAAUGGGGUCCCUCUGGAUGGCCGCCCCAUGAAUAUCCAGCUUGUCACAUCACAGAUUGAAACACAACGAAGACCUGCACAGAGCAUAAACAGAGGUGGCAUGACUAGAAACCGUGGCUCUGGAGGUUUUGGUGGUGGCGGCGGCACCCGGAGAGGGACCCGUGGAGGCAGCCGAGGAAGAGGCAGAGGCACUGGCAGGAACUCAAAGCAGCAGCUUUCUGCAGAGGAGCUGGAUGCACAGCUGGACGCCUAUAAUGCAAGGAUGGACACCAGCUAAACCGCUGACCUGUGUGGAGAGGACCCAGUGUUUCGUCUGCUCUCUGGGAGGAGGGGAUGGGGACUGGGCUGUGUGGCCAAUGACCGAUUUGUUUCUUUUAUGUUUUAAGAUAGGAUUUAAAAACUCAUGUAAAGUUUUUUGUUUUUUUUUCUUUCUUUUCUUUUCUUUCUUUUUUUUUUUUUUUUUUUUUUAAAUUCUGAAACAGACCUGUUUUGUACCAAGUUAUUUUUGGGAUAAAUUUUA